AAAAGGUCCCAGUUGGGAAAAAAACUUCCAUUGAAACGAAUAUCGAGGAGACAACUGUCACACAUCAGCUAGUGACGCAAAACACGCAACAUAAGGGAAUUCUACGUUUUGUUCAACUUUGUUAAGAAUUGAUCCAGAGUUAUUUUUAGUUAGGUUGUAUCUAGCUAAUCUGCUCUUGUCGUGUUUAAUCUCUUUCUCUCAUUGCGUCAUAUGUGUAAGAGUUGUAAUGGCGAUUACGCUUAAUGUCCGACGAUUUGAUUAAGGUUCAACUGUUCAAGUUAAUGGCGGAGCCACUUUCAAGUAUGGAUGAAAUCAACGACGUGUUACGCCAAGGUGUCGAUAUCAAUUGCGUAAAUGAAGAAGGGUUGACGCCACUUCUCCAACUGACAAAGAGAGGCCAUUCAAGGAAAGAUUUGAUGGAUGCGAUCCGACUCUUGUUGAAUCAAGAAGGAAUAGACGUGAAUUGCAAGGAUCAAGAAGGGUGGAAUGCCCUGUUUUAUUUGUGUCGGCUCUAUCACCAGAAGAACCUCGUCGACAUAGUCAGGUUAUUAAUACAACACGGAAUCGACGUUACCUGGAAAAAUCAAUUACGCCAAAAUGCCUUAUUGAUACUGUGCCUGCAUUACCCACAAGAGAACUUGAUAGAUAUCGUCCGUCUUUUAAUUGACAACGGCAUUGAUAUUCACUGGCAGGACAAGGACGAAUGGAAUGCCCUAAUCUUUUUAUGCACCAAUUAUUCCGGUGAAAAUUUGAUUGAUUUAGUUCAACUCCUUAUUGGAAACGGAAUCGAUGUUAACUGCAGAACACAAGUCGGAUGGAAUGCCCUACAUUGCUUGUGUAAAAAUUACAGGAAUAAUAACUUAAUUGGUAUUGUUCGACUUUUGAUUGAGGCCGGAAUCGAUAUCAACUGCGUCAACCACGGCGGAUGGAACGCCCUCCAAAUUCUAUGUGGAAAUUACGCAGAAGAAAAUCUGAUUAACGCCGUUCAACUUUUUAUCGAUAAUGGGAUCGACGUCAAUUGCAGAACCAAAGACGGAUGGAAUGCUCUCCAUGGCUUGUGUAAAAAUUACAAGAAUUUCAACAUCAUUGAUUUAAUUCGGCUUCUAAUUGGGGCUGGAAUUGAUAUCAACUGCAGAAACCAACGCGGAUGGAACGCCCUCCAUAUUUUGUGCGCAAAUUACGCGGAAGAAAAUCUGACUGAAGUAGUUCAGUUUUUUAUCGACAACGGAAUCAAAAUCAACGGAAAAAUCUACGGACAUAGCGGCUGGAAUGCUCUUCAUAUUCUGUGUAGGCACAAUUCAGGCAUCAAACUGAUCGACACACUGCGACUGUUGAUUCGAGCUGGGAUUGACGUGAAUUGCCAGUCAAAAGCACCCAGUCCUCAAUUACUUAUUCGACAAAAUUACAAACAAGAAAACAUGGAAGAAAUUAUUGCGCUUCUUAACAAAAAAGUUAACCGAUGUAAAAUCUCAUUUUAACAAUUCUUUUAACCUGCAGUCUACACAAUUUUGCCAACAGGAAAAAGAAAAAAUCUCUUUUGUGUGCAAGAGAAAAAAUCUUUCUUAUUCCUUGCCUGUCAUAUCCCGCUAUUAAUGCAUAGAAUUGCUUUGAGUAUGAAAAUAGAAUACAGAGUAUAAUCCAACAAAACAACUGUGAAAGGUUAAAAUCAAUUCAUUAACAUACCCAUGUAAUUUUAUUGAUGUCCGUAUGCGAUGUCACCGUGUGACGGUAAAUCUCAUUAUGUUCACGUAUUAUUUCGGUAAUAGUCUUGAUUCCGGAAGCGGACCUGGCCUCUGGAACAGCUAGCUUCGGUCGCUUCCGUUGGUCCUUGAAUUCCCUCAGGAACAGCAGAGAAUCCUUGGCCUGGAAAUUAAAAUUUAAUA